AUUUGUUUUUUAGUGCGCACACGAAAAAAAAGUUUGAUUGCACAAAAUUUCAAAUUGUUGAUUACAAUUCGAGCACCCUCUAUGAAAGGGACGUAUCACGUGUCCGCGUUCUAACGUGGUGCUGCGAUCGCACCGGUGAUCGGCACGCGGUCCGCGAUACAUGUUUUUUUUCCGCGUUCGAUGUCCUUAAAUUGUAGGUUCGCGUGUGUGCGUUUACCCGACACGUUUUUUACGUCGUCGCACCGGAUUCUGGCAUGAGAUUUUAGCGCGGCGGCCGUGUGAAAAAGGGAGGCAGAAACUCGCCGACGAAAUAAUGGGCACCGUCCACGCUAAGGAACCCAAUAAUCCCUCAGGCCUGGGUCAAUUAUCUAAGGAGAACGCCUCCGCGAAUAAAUGCAAUGACCCACCAAACGACCCCGCAAAGGACGACUUUCCAUCAUUUUCCAGUAGCAAAUCUCAGUUGCAUAGGGAAGAUGAGAAUGAGCAGACAAACAACAUACUUCUGCAGACAGUGCAGGCACGAGUUGACAAGAUACACGUGGAUGGACUUGUACGAACGAAGGACGACAUAAUCAAGUCGCAGGUGAUGGACUUGUUUAAGGCGUCGAAUUUCGAGGAUGUUAUUAUACGCGCUUACAAAGUGCGGGAGAGGCUUGACGCUUUGGGAUGCUUUAGGAAUAUUGGAAUUUACAUCGACACCAGUCACGGAUCCGACGCCACCCCUGACGGUGUUGAAGUCACUUUCAAGGUACGCGAAAUGAGACGUUUGGUCGGCGGUAUCAGCACGAUGGUCGGGAACAACGAGGGAUCCCUGCUCGUCGGCGCGAGGGCGCCGAAUCUGUUCGGCCGGGCGGAACGUGUCCAGAUGGAGUACUCACACGGUAACAAAAGUUCGAUCAACUUCAAUGUAUCCGCCAUUAAACCGUUUCCGCAGAGCUUGUACAACGCAGUAUUAACCGGCACCGUGUUCAGCACGACGCACGAUUUCCCGUGGUCGGGUUUCAAGCAGAACGACAAGGGGCUGAUGUUCGACAUUGAGCUCAAUCAGACGGACACCUCCAAGCACAACAUACAAUACGAGGCUGCAUUUAGGAACAUCAAUUGCUCGAAACAGGCGGCCUUCCGCGUCCGGGAGCAGUGCGGCCCGAAUUUGAAAUCCGCGCUCAGGUACAUCUGGACGAUAGACAAGAGGGACUCGCCUAUAUUCCCCGUUUCCGGGAGUCUCAUGCGACUAACGACGGAGAUGGCCGGCCUGGGUGGCGACAUCGGUUUCUUGAAGAACGAGCUCGCCAUACAGACAAAUUGGUCGCCCCACGAGUACCUUACAUUCCAGCUGGGUCUUCAGUCUGGGCUGUUGAGUGCAAUCAGUAACGACAUGAAAAUAAGUAUCGCCGAUCACUUCUUCCUGGGCGGUCCCCUGAAUCUACGCGGAUUCGACAUGAGAGGAUGCGGGCCUCGCUCCGAAGGGAAUUCCGUGGGCGGCGAGAUGUAUUGGGCAGCCGCCCUUCACGUGUACACCCCGCUCCCGUUCAGACCCGGUCGUAACAGUUUCGGGGAUCUAUUUAGGCUGCACGGUUUCAUCAACGGCGGUAACUUGUCCAACUUUACGUACGGUGAGCGAAGUAAUCUGUACAAUGAAAACAUGAAGAUUUUCACGGAGAACGUCCGCUGUGCCAUCGGCGGCGGCAUCGCGAUGAGGCUGGGGAACAUCGCCCGCAUAGAAUUGAACCUAGUUACACCGUUGUUGUUCAUGAGGAGCGACGUGCUCCAGCAAUUUCAAUUUGGUAUUGGCGUACAAUAUCUGUGAGCAUUUUAUCAUCUUUCGAUAUAGUCUUACAUUAUUACGAUGGAGUGUAAAAAAAAUAGAGAGAUUACGUGUAAAUUUAUUUCUGAUUCUUGUCCGAGACAGAGGUUCGGUAUGUAUAUUUGCAAUAAAGUCACAGAGAAAUCGAA